AUGAUGCAUUACCAUUUUUCUUCAUGCGACAGAAUACCUGUAAAAAAGGAAGAAAACAACGGUGUGGAUCAAAUGAAAUCAGCACAUAGUUCACUUUACAAUAGAUCAGCAUCUGUGAUUAGUUUUCGAAAGAAUUCAACAAUGUCAAAUCCAGGCAUAAUCUGUCAUAAUUUCAUUGAGAAAUGUAAUGAUCACUCGAAUGAGAAUUUAAACAAAUGUUAUCCAGGAAAAAUAAAUACAAGUUUAUUGUCCCUUCAAAGUGAGUGUGGAAAAGCUCUUGAAGUAGAUAAUAAAAAUUUGCUGAACAAUAAAGAUUAUUUUUGUUUAUGUAAGCAAUAUAAAAAUGAAAUCCAUCAGUCAGCAAGUGAUUUAAGACGUAUUUGUUGUAUAGAAGAAUAUUUAUGUGAUAAAAAAGACGAAAGAAAGCUGGAGAAUUUUAGUCUUCAACAAAAAUUGACUUGUCUUUCCAUUAGUCCAGGAAAAACAACAUGUGAAGCUUAUCGGGGAAAAUGUAACACAUGGCAUGGUCCAAGAAGGUUUACUCAUGGUGGUACUAAAAAUGUCGAUUCACAUAAAGCUUUCACUUCAGCAUCAAGAUGUCAGUCAAAACAAGAUCAAUUAUUGCCUGACAAUAAUCGGAGGUUUACACCGACUUAUAUAUGUCAUUUAGAUGGCAGUACAUAUGAUCGCACAACUAGCAGUGAGAAUAAAAACAUUGAUCCAUGCAUUACACUAAGUAGUGCCAACAAACCUUGCAAUUAUGAAGAAUUUUAUCCACAUAAACAACAAGGCAUAACUUCACCACCUCCACCUUUAAUGACGAAACGAUCAUUUAUACAAACAUAUGUCCAGAGUCGAGACGGUUACAAACGUCUUUCUCCAAUUACGAAAACCAAAGAAAAGCAAUCACGAUUAUCACCACUAAAACCAAGUCACUACGAACAACAACAACAAAGAGCAAAGUCCCGACAAACUAGUGAACUAGAUGGACAAAGUGGUAUGAGCAAACAGUCGAAAAUUUCACUUAGUUCGCCUGAACUGGACAAGCAAACUGUAGAUCCUACAUCAGGAACGAAGGAUUCACAGGUGGAGAAACCAGAUGAAAAAGUUGUUGAUGAAGGAAGUGAAUUUAAAUCUAAAAAACUAGUUUCUGAGGAAAGUACAACUGAGUUACCAUCUGAUCACGAUUUAACAGCUGGUUAUAUUGAAGGCAAGGAUAUAACAGGAAAUCAAACAGCUACAUUAAAUGGAAACAUUGAAACAACUGUUAAAUUAAAUGCUGUUAUCAGUAAUGACAGUUUAGAAGUGAACAUUAUGUCAUCAAAAACGAAAGAUUCCUCCCAUGUACCAAUAGAAAUCAAACCAAACCAAAGUGCCACAACCACAUCUGAUGAUAACAAAACAAGUAUCUUGAAAGAAAAUUACACUAAUAAGUCAAAUAUACUAAGAUCCUUGAUGGGACAAAGUGAAGCUUCUAUGCAAAAUACGAAUGUUACGAAUAAAUCUAAUCUGCUAGUGAACGGUUCAGCAUCGUCAGUUUAUUCCACGGACUUAAUACGAAAUGAAAAACUAAUUAAUUUUGGUCAAACUGAUAUUAGAAAGGAUGAAGUUACAGAACGACCAAUCGAUGCACAUAGUGAUAAAGCAGGCGAUUUGCAUCUUUCAUUAAAACAAAAUAUACAUAUUCAAUCAGCACUAAGUGGCAUCAACAGUACACAGUGGAUUAAGAGCUCUGAACAGUCAGAAAAGGACAUUAUUGGUGAAAAUAUUCCAGAUCGUAAUUUGUUGGGUUCUCUCAGUCCUUGUCCGGAAAUUCCAAUAGAAAUCGAAACAUCUUUAAGGUGUACCAUCAGCCGUCGUGAGACUAGUUUAGAAUGUAACAGUAAAACAAAUGAGGGGAAGGGAGUUGAAAGUCCUCACUUAAUGAGCACUCGAACGACGAGUUUUGAAUUAAGCAUUACGGACACAAGAAAAUACAAUGAUAAGCAACAGACAUUAGGAAACGAAGAAGUUAAAGAGUUAACCGUGAAUCACUCGUAUAAAACUGGAACUCUUUUAGAUGGCAUAGGAAUAUGUUUUGAGACAACAAAAGUUCAACAUGAACCACAUGCAUCCACUGCCAUUUUAAAUUCUCAUCAAGGAAGACCGGAUCGCCUGGUAGUUGGGCAACCGAAAUCGCAAAUUUCCAUCCAACAGCCGGAAGUAACCGAUGAUGAAAAGCAAUCUCCAAAUCACUCUACCAAUCAAAAUAACUUUUCUAGACACCAUUCUCUUGGACUGAGUCAUGUGACUUCAAAGCAAUCAAAGCACUUUGCAAGUAAUAAUUCAAAUGCCAGUCAAAAUAAUACUUACAGAACGAGCAUUCUGGGAGCUUUGCGUAGGUUUUCUCCUAAUAAAGUUAAGAAUAUCAGUCAUUCUGAUAAACUAGUUAUCUUCCUGCAAAAUGGAAUAAUUUUCAGUCUCCCGAAUGAUCAUGAUGAUAAAGUUAAAAGCAGUUGUAAGAUGACUAAUAAUAAAUCACUUCAGAAGUUCACAAUUCAAAAUUAUCCAGAGGUUUUCUCUGUAAAUAACAAAUCCAAAGAAUCCAUACCUUAUUUAAACAGAAGUGUAUUUAAAAGUGACCACACAUGUAAGUGCUGUUCUACACAUUAUCAAAUAACCUCAUUAUGUGAUCCACACAUAAAUUACUUUGUACCUUCGACUAAAGAAAAACGCCUGUUAAGUAAAAAGCAAAGAUUUUAUAUUCAUGAAAAAUUUUCAGCAUCACUUGAAUUGUGCGACUGUGGUCUGAAAAGUAUUAAAAGUAACAGUAACAUUAAUAACAAUGAAAAUUUGGGAAUGAAAACUCUCCCAGAAUGGCCGGGUAAUUGUCGUGUAAAAAAUUAUUUUCAUAAACAUACCCCUGAGUUAUUACAUCAUUUUAAUGCAAGAGAAGGUAGACAGUCACAAACUUGUAGCUGGAGAUCGAGAAACGUUUCCCGAACUGGUAUUGGAUUAGUGGAACACAAAGAUCAUGUGCUCAACGAUAAAUGGCAAACCAAAAAAUCUGAUAGUUUAAAAGCGAUACCAAAAGAGUCAAGUAGACCUCAUGGCCUGCAUUCACAUAAAGAUAAUGAUUUAAAUCAGCAGAAACAAGUGUUGGAUUUGAAUAAUUCUAGAAACCAAAAAGAAAUAGAAUAUGAAGAAUAUUCCAGUUUGGUUGACAUGGAUAUACUGUCCGCGUUGAAGAAACAGACAUAUCAUAAGUCUACACUGCAGGAAGAUGUGAACCAUAAUCAACUUACUAAUAAAUCAAAUACAUUAACUUCAACAGCACAUGAAAUAUUAUUACUUUUAAAAGAUACAACUGAGAUGAUUAUGACUGACCUACUAGCACUGGAACAGGAGAUCCUAGAGAAGAAUUUUGUUUCCUGUGAAGCAAUAUGUGAGCAUUUAGUGUCAAUACCGACAAUUUUAUCAGAACUAAAACAGCAUUUAGAUUACAGUCCCAAUGAAAAACAUCUUUACAAACUGACGGAUAGUAUAAAUUCAAUAAUUCAUGAAAUUCUUAGCGAUCCGAUCACGGUUAUCUUUCACUUGGUCGAAUUAGCUUAUCUUUUGAAUGAAUUAGCCAAACUGUUUGGAGAAGAUCUAUUGCCGCCCAAAUUACCCAAGGUUGUCCACUCUAUUCAAACAAGACUACAUAGAAUUAAAAUUGGUUAUGUUUUCAAACAAUACUAUCAUGUACCAAAGGCAUGCGAUCACUUGUUCGACACAUAUAUUAAAUCACGUGAUCUUAUAAAACUUGAGAAAGACUGUGGCUGUCAGAUCAAUGUAGUUCCACCUAAUCAUUCAUACGCUCUGUACUGUCCGCAUGGUUAUCGUACCAUUGAAGUAAUUUACGAUGAAGAGAGAGGACGCCAUGAAUUACUGCCAAAACGUCUUAAUAACAUGGUAAAUCCAAAAUAUACAACAGUGCGCCUUAUAUCAACUAUAGUAAAACAAAUUAAUGGUCGUGAAUAUCCAAUGACAUUAGAAGAUAUUAAUAAAUUGUUAAAUUAUCAAAUACGUCCGAAAUACCAAGAUGUGAAGGCUUUAAUUACAAACGGUUCAACAUUCUAUGGUACGAGAAAAUGA